UAAGCUGGUUGCCAACCGCCGUUAAAAAAGAAGGAGGAGGAAGUGUGCAGGGAACCAAGACCACUACUAGGAAAGAACAAUGGGAGUAGAAGUUGAGACCAUAAAAUCAGGAGACGGACAGACAUUUCCGAAGAAUGGACAGAAUGUUAUCGUGCACUACGUUGGCACGCUGACAAAUGGAAAACAGUUUGACUCCUCCAGGGACCGGGGACAGCCCUUUAAGUUCAAAAUUGGAGCCGGUGAAGUAAUUCGUGCUUGGGAUGAGGGAGUAGCUCAGAUGAGCAUUGGCCAGGUGGCCAAGUUGACCUGCUCGCCGGACUAUGCGUAUGGCAGUAAAGGAUUCCCACCUGUCAUCCCAGCAAAUGCCACUCUCAUCUUUGAAGUGGAGCUGCUGAGUUGCUGAGUGUUUCAGUUGAAUGUUGCUCUUCAGAGUUUCUCAUUUCACCCACAUCUCUGACACAAAUAACUGUUUAAUUAAAGGUGCUGUCAGUAGCAUUUAUAAACAUGAAUAAAUAAUUGUUGAAAGAAUCCUGAUAUCUUGGUGGAGACAAAUGACAAACACGUGAGACCAAACUAAUGCCAGCGGGAUUGUUGGUGCUAAGAUGACACUCGGAUCCAAAAACCGUAAAGGAAUGACAUUUUAGGAUUUAUGUGGCCUCCAUACUUAUAUUUGUCUGAUAAAUCUUUAAUUUAUCCUUAAGCUGUUAUAUAGCACAUCGGAUACAUAAUGGAAUAACAGCAAAAAACAAAGAACAUUAAAAAGACCAGAGUGCUGUUCUUUCUUUUUUUUUUUUUUCUGUCAUAAAACAUCUAAUUUGUUCAAGUGUUUAUUCCAGUGUCUCAAAAGUAGUGUGGUAAUGAUUAUUAAUGUCAAAUGCACAUGAAACACCUUUUAAUGAAGAGCUUAUUUGUUGACAGCAUGAAACUUUGACACAAUGUAAAGAAACACUUCAUAUGUUUGGAAACAGUAAUGGCUUAUGAUUAAAAAAUUUUGGUAAUGUUUCA